AUGAUGAAAACAUACGGUCGACCGUCAUGGCGUGUUUACGACGACGACGACCAGCGCCCGGCCGCCAAAAAAAGACGCGUCCAGCAGCCGUCAGGCAAUGAGUCCGAUGAGGCAGAGAAUAGCCUGCAAUACGCCAUUCGCGAAUCCUCAGCCGCUGUGUUGUCCAGCCCGUCGCGUCGCAACUCCAUUCUGCUGUCGGAAGGCACGCAGGAAGACGAUUUAUCGACCCCACCGUCAUCCCCUCCGCCUCGAUUGUCGCCUCCCCCGGCGAACACGCGAAAACCAACUUUUUCGUUUCUCAAGCGCAAGCAGUCUUCUACCAAGGACUCCACCAAUGGCACCCCGCUCACCGAGGUCAACUCGAACAGCGUCCGCCCGUCGACAGACCCCCCCAAGAAGAAGGCGGCCACGUCGCAGCCCACAUCACAGCAGCAGCAGCUACCACAGCAGUCGCAGCCGCCGCCACCAACCGCAUUAAAGCAAAUGCAGAUUGACCUAGGCCACGAAGUGAGGAGGACGUGUUCGACCUGCGGGAUGGAAUAUGUUCCGUCGAAUGCGGAGGAUGCGUCGCUACAUAAGAAGUUUCACGAUAUGAACUCGACGGGCGUCGAUUUGGGCAAGGCUUUUAUGCGAGCGAAUGCAUCGCGAUGGGUUUAUGAGGCUACUCGGUUCGAAGAAGGAUACGUGGUUAUCGUCGAUCGGAAGGCAUCUCCGACCGCGAAAAACCAAGCGAAGAAGGUACUCGAGGUGAUUGGAAAGGAAUUAUCCUCCCCGGAGAUUGAGGAUGAAGUGCUAUGGAGCCAGGUGGAAGCGCCCAAACACCUACGCACAAACGGCUCGUCGGAGAAAGUCGAUCGCUACAAGGUGUUUUUGCAUAUGAAGGACAGUCGAUGCGUCGGAGCGUGCUUGACGGAGCGAAUUUGGGAGUCACGGCCAGUCGAGAAACCAUCCGCCCAGCCACAUGGGACCGACUCAGCCGUCACAGUCCGCGGGGAAACGCACCCGGCGAUCGUGGGAAUUUCUCGCAUCUGGACAUCCGGCUCGUCCCGACGCAAAGGAAUCGCCAUGGAUCUCCUGGAUUGCGUCGUGAGUAAUUACAUUUAUGGCAUGGAGAUCCCCAAGGAACAGAUGGCGUUUAGCCAGCCGACAGAGAGCGGCAAACUUUUGGCUCAGUCGUUCUUCGGGGAUGGCGAGUGGCAUGUGUAUGAGGAGAACUAA